AUGAGCGCAAACAUGUACACCAAUACGACUGGCCAUGGUCAGCCAUAUCCAACCGUCAGUGACUUGCAGGCCAACGCUGUCCCAAUUCCUUGGGAAGAGAUAUUCUCGCGCCACGAAAGCGUUCUCUCGACCCAUCUCGAAAUGCUGGACUCGGUGAAAGGGCAUGUUGCACAGGACGGAGAGGCCUUUCGCGUGGUCUCCUCGAUGGUGAAUAAGACGCUCCAGACAAUGAACCAGUUCAAGGUGGUCCGGAAGCAAAUGUUGGCCAGUACGUUUAUCGGAAUUCUCCUAGAGAUCUCUCACGCCGGCUCUUCCACGGCUUGGAAAUCCCCCGCGAAUCCGUUUCACUUCGCCUCUUCAUCGGCGUCCAAGAUGAAUGCUCGCCAGACACCCACCUCACAGUCUACAGAUGCAGACCCUACCAGCCGGAGGAAGCGAUCAAGAAUUGAGAAGGAGAGAGAUAUCACAUCUACGGAGUCAGAAAUAAACACAAAAUCAGAUACUUUGGAAGACCGCGCUUCGAAACGAAAGCGCGACCUCGCUUCGCACCCGGCGGCUGAGGACUCCCCCCAUGCCUCCGACUCUCUCGACACAGAAGAUAUCUCGGAGGAAGUCCAGCGCCGACUUCGAAUCAAAGAAGAACGACGCCGAAGAAAAGACGACGCCAAGCCCGAGAAGCGCAAACGAGAAAGCUUGCUAUCCAAUGAGAGCUCGUCUCCGGGCAACUUUACGCACCGCAAGAAGCGCGCCAGGACGGGACAUGACUCGAAGCGAGAUAGCGAGAUAACGACGCAGGCGAAUGCGGGCUCACAACACACUGCCAUCAUCCUCUAUGCCUUUGCCUUGGCUUUGUUCAUUGGCCCAUCUCACAUAUGA